AUACAAGUCAAAAUCCCCUUCUGGAUUAUUCAGACAAGGACCUUUACCAGCUGAUCAAACCAACUGGCUUCUUCCUUCCCUCUAUUUUUUUUUUUCUAAUUAUUAUAAAUCCAUGGUUGCAGGAAGAGCACAAAUAGGGGGGGUAAAAAAAAGGAAAAAGAAAAAAACUGCACAACCUUUGGCACGGCCUACCUGUUGAUCAAACCAACCAGUUCCAUUUUCCCACUUCCCAGACGCCAAUGCAAAGCCAAUCACACAUCUUAUCUGGUUAAUAAAUCAGCAAAGCGAGAAAUCUCAAAUGGGUUUUAUGAGUCAGUAGCUACAGAGCAGUUUGGGGGUGUAUAGGAGGCAGGGACAGUGCUGGGUAUCGUUUCUGAGAGAAAUAGAAGAUGGGUUUGGUGAUGGGGGAGGCGCUUACGCAGGUUCUGAUUCCUGUUGCGGCCGUUGUCGGAAUUGGGUUUGGUUUGGUUCAGUGGUUUCUGGUCUCAAAGGUUGUGGUCUCGGAGGAGGGCUAUGCUCCAGGCAAUGGGGUCAAGGAGAGGUUGAUUGGAGAAGAAGAGGAAGAGGGUAUUGAUGGGCAUGAUGUUGUUUCCAAGUGCUCUGAGAUUCAGAGUGCCAUUUCUCUUGGAGCUACUUCUUUUCUGUUUACCGAAUACAAGUACCUUGGCAUCUUCAUGGGUGUUUUUGGUGCUAUCAUUUUCCUCUUCCUUGGUUCGGUGAAAGGUUUCAGUAUGCAGAGUGAACCAUGCACUUACAAUGAGGGAAGCAUUUGUAAACCAGCCUUGGCCAAUGCCAUCUUUAGCACAAUUGCCUUCUUUCUUGGUGCUCUUACUUCUGUCCUUUCCGGGUUUCUCGGGAUGAAGAUUGCAACUUUUGCCAAUGCUAGAACGACUCUAGAAGCGAGGAAAGGAGUCGGGAAGGCGUUUAUUGUUGCUUUCCGUUCUGGUGCAGUGAUGGGGUUCCUUCUUGCUGCCAAUGGCCUUUUGGUUCUGUAUGUCUCCAUUAAUUUAUUUAGACUGUACUAUGGGGAUGACUGGGAGGGACUUUAUGAAUCUAUUACUGGGUAUGGCCUAGGAGGUUCUUCAAUGGCACUCUUUGGAAGAGUUGGGGGAGGUAUAUACACAAAAGCAGCUGAUGUUGGUGCUGACCUUGUUGGAAAAGUUGAGCGCAAUAUCCCUGAGGAUGAUCCACGGAACCCAGCUGUUAUUGCAGAUAAUGUUGGUGACAAUGUAGGAGACAUUGCUGGGAUGGGUUCUGAUCUUUUUGGGUCUUAUGCUGAGUCAUCCUGUGCAGCCCUUUUUGUUGCAUCAAUAUCAUCAUUUGGUCUCAAUCAUGACUACACAGCCAUGUCUUAUCCUUUGAUCAUAAGCUCAAUGGGAAUUGUGGUCUGCUUGAUAACCACACUUUUUGCUACUGAUUUAUUUGAGAUAAAGAAUGUAUCUGAGAUCGAACCAUCCUUGAAGCGACAACUUCUUAUCUCUACAGUCCUUAUGACUGCUGGGAUUGGAGUAGUCACCUUUUUUGCCUUACCAUCUGAGUUCACCCUCUUCAACUUUUGGAGUCAAAAGGUUGUAAAGAACUGGCACCUUUUCUUCUGUGUUGCAAUUGGCUUGUGGGCUGGCCUUGUCAUUGGAUACACCACUGAGUAUUACACCAGCAAUGCUUAUGGUCCGGUGCAGGAUGUGGCUGAUUCUUGCAGGACUGGUGCUGCAACAAAUGUGAUAUUUGGGUUGGCUUUGGGAUACAAAUCUGUCAUUAUUCCUAUAUUUGCAAUUGCAAUAGCUAUUUAUGUUAGCUUCACCUUGGCUGCUAUGUACGGAAUUGCGGUGGCUGCAUUGGGAAUGCUCAGCACUAUUGCUACUGGGCUUGCCAUUGAUGCUUAUGGUCCCAUAAGUGACAAUGCUGGUGGUAUUGCUGAAAUGGCUGGAAUGAGCCACAAGAUACGUGAAAGAACAGAUGCAUUGGAUGCUGCUGGUAACACCACUGCUGCCAUUGGCAAAGGUUUUGCAAUUGGAUCAGCUGCUCUUGUUUCUCUUGCUUUGUUUGGUGCCUAUGUCAGUAGAGCAGGCAUCCAGACAGUUGAUGUGUUGACUCCAAAGGUCUUUAUUGGGUUGAUUGUUGGGGCCAUGCUGCCCUACUGGUUUUCAGCUAUGACAAUGAAGAGUGUAGGGAGUGCAGCUUUGAAAAUGGUUGAAGAAGUUCGUCGUCAGUUCAAUUCUAUUCCAGGUCUCAUGGAAGGACUAGCAAAACCAGACUAUGCAAAUUGCGUAAAGAUUUCUACAGACGCUUCACUCAAAGAGAUGAUCCCGCCCGGUGCUCUAGUUAUUCUUACUCCACUUAUUGCUGGAACAUUGUUUGGAGUGGAAACCCUGGCUGGAGUUCUUGCUGGUUCACUUGUUUCUGGUGUGCAGGUUGCUAUCUCAGCUUCCAACACAGGUGGGGCAUGGGACAAUGCCAAGAAAUACAUAGAGGCCGGGGCUUCUGAACAUGCCCGAGGUCUGGGUCCGAAGGGCUCGGACUGUCACAAGGCUGCUGUCAUAGGUGACACGAUUGGAGAUCCUCUGAAGGACACUUCUGGUCCUUCCCUCAACAUCCUCAUCAAGCUCAUGGCAGUUGAAUCACUGGUGUUUGCUCCAUUUUUUGCAGCUCAUGGGGGUUUGCUGUUCAAAUUGCUCUGAAGUACUGAAAAAGCCUCCCAGCUGAGUUUAGUCUGCUACUGCUAUAAAUAUGUUCAUUUGUGGAGUGGUAAUGUUGCCUGGCCUAUUUUCAGUUUUAAGGUGGAAAGAAAAUAUGAUGGGGCUCUUGCUACCACUGUUAAAGUCAAUUCCAUAUGAAUAAACGGGUUAUUGCAUGUAUUCUAAUGUAUAUACAGGAUUUUGGUGCUCACUUUCUGUGUUGUUAAUAAAUGUAUAUUAGUAUUUUCA